AUGUAUUCUCUUGCUUUUUUUCAAGAAACUCAAAAUAUUGAUACCGUUUUAUCAAAAAAUGUGCGACAAAAAAAAAAAAAUAGUGAAGUUAAAUGGGGAGGUAAAUGGGUUAGUGCAAGGAUAUUAUUAAAAAAUGACAACAAGAUGUUCCUUGAUGCAAUAGAAGUUGAUAUAAAUGGCAUUAUUAUCAAAUUGCCAGAUAUUAAUAUCAACCCAGAUAAAGAAACUAAAUAUUUAAAAAAAAAAGUAAUUCAUCACAAUAUCGAUGAAGAAAUAGCAGAUUUACCAAAUAUUACUGAAGAAGCAACGCAAGGCUUGAAAGAAGAUAUACUUGUAAGCAUUGAUGAAAAUAAUAAAAGCUUUAAAAAACGUCAACUUCCGUCACCAAUAGCAACUACUAAUAAACGACACCAACAGAAUUUUCACAAUAUUUCUACGGAUGAUGAUGAUUAUUUAUCUAACACAUAUGAAAGCGUUUUACAGACAAACAAGAACAUAAAAACAUAUGAAGUAAAUUCAGAAGACAAUUAUUCAUCAGACGAACAUGAACAGAGACAGAAAAAGCCUGAAAAAAAUAAAAAAUAUGUAAAAAAAAAUAUUAAAUCUAUUCAGACCAUCAUCGAUACUUCAACUGAUGAUGACUCGGAUCAACACGAGUUAGAAAAUGAUAGUAAAAAGAUUCGAUUAAGUUCACGUGUCGACACGAGUGUGUGCAAGAGCCCAGACAAUUUGACUAAAAUUCAAGAGCCGUCUACACAUAUUCUUGGCAUUACGUACAGUGAUAGUUCUAAUUCAAACUCUGAUGAAGAUGAUGACAAAAAAAAAACCAUUAAAAAACUGACGUCGAUAGACCAUAUUUCAUCUUCAGAUGAAAACGUAAUCAAUAAAAAACAAAAAAAUGAAAAACAAAAUUAUUCUGAUAUAGAACAAUCAGACAUCGUUAACUCAGAUAAUGAUGAAACGAAAGCAGAUACAUGCAGUAAAAUUACACCAGAAUAUCAGCCCACAUUAUCAGAAACAUUUGGCAUUAUAAAAUAUUUAAAGGCUCUGAGUACAAGUCUUGGCUUACAAUACCAAUCUAAUGAAGAUCCAACAAGCAGUACAAACACUGCUACGAUGGCGACUAUAAUAUUUCUUGAAAAUGCUGUAGAAGACUUAGAGUUACAUAAAGUAAAAAUGAUCGAAAAAAAAAACGAAAAAAUUGAUAAUUUUGAUGUGGUAGCUUGCAACUCAAAUAGAUCAUCAGCGUCAACAUCGUCUGUAUCAAAUUCAACUCCACCACAACAACAUUCUUCUAAAAAUACAUUAAUAAAUAUCGAGAGAGAUGUGAACUUGCUGAUUCAAAAGUCUAAAAUUGAGGUGGACAAAAACUGGAUAAUCAACACAACAAAAUUUUUACGUGGCAAUCCCGGAGAAAUGGCACGACAAAUCUUCAAGAAAAUGAUUGGAAAAGAUAACCUCGCAAGAAUGACAGUAAAAGAAAAGACUGGUAGAGAAAUGAUUCCAAAAAACCAAUAUGAAGCUAUUGAAGAAUAUGUUCACAACACAUGUCGCAAAUCAAGUAGACUAUCCAAACCAGAAUUUCAUAAAAAAAUAAUGAAAAUGUGUUGUACUUUACGAGAAACGGAAAAGAAAAAAAAAGCUGCUUAA